GCUGUGGCCGAGGGGGCGGGGCGCCGGGUAUCAUGGAGGAUCAGUGCGCAGACCGCGGCCAUCAGCGGAGGGCAGGCAGCUCUGAUCCGGGACUCGGUCACCAGCUCACGGCCACGUACGGAACGGUCACCGCGCGCGGCUCAGGAUGGACAUGAAGAAGAGGAUCACGUUAGAAGUACGGAACCGGAGCCCGGCGGAGAUCGUGGAGCUGGUGGUGGAUAACAGUCGCUCUGCUGAUGGGGAGGUGGAGGGUCUGACUGACGAGUUCAAAGAGCUGGAGUUCCUCAGUCUGGUCAACGUGGGUCUGAACUCUCUGUCCAAGCUGCCUUCACUGCCCAAACUACGCAAGUUGGAGCUGAGUGACAACAACUUGUCUGGUUCCCUGGAGACGCUGUCGGAGAAAUGUCCCAACCUCACAUACCUAAACCUGAGUGGGAACAAGAUCAAGGAGCUGAGCACGGUGGAGGCGCUGCAACACCUGAAGAGCCUGCAGAGUCUGGACCUGUUCAACUGUGAGAUCACGUCUCUGGAGGACUACAGGGACAGCGUCUUCGAGCUGCUGCCUCAGGUCACCUACCUGGACGGCUUCGACCAGGAGGACAACGAGGCGCCGGACUCCGAGGACGAGGACGAGGACGGGGCGGGGCCAACCAGCGAGUAUGAUGAAGAGGACGAGGACGAGGACGGGUCAGAGGGAGGACAGGGAGGGCGGGGCUUCCAGGUGAACCGGCCCGACCAGGACGAGGAAGACUACGCUGAGGACGAGGAAGAGGACACCGCCAUCGCCAUCGCGGCCGCCGUCCACGGACACAAGAGGAAGAGAGACGAGGACGAUGAAGGCGAGGAAGAUGAGGAUGACGAAGACGACUAGUGCUCCCAGUCCUGGUCCUGGUCCCGGUCCUGGUCCCGGUCCCGGUCCUGGUCCCGGUCCCGGUCCCGGUCCCGGUCCCGGUCCUGGUCCCGGUCCUGGUCCUGGUCCCGGUCCUGGUCCCGGUCCUGGUCCUGGUCCCGG